AAUUCUAUAUAUUUAUAUAUAUAUAUACUGUCAGCGGACUUUGGGAGUAUUCAAGAAUGAGUCAGAGCACUGGACAGGAGAAGCACGGCGAGACGAAAACCCGAACAGAAAAAAAAGAUGGUGGUGGUCCCGAUGGUGCUGAAUUUCUAUUAGCACAAGCGGCGAGAGGAGACAGAUCUUAUCCAAGAGAAGAUAAGUCUUAUUUACCCAUAGAAUUGCAGCGGUCAUUUGUUGUUGACGACAGCAAUGCGAAGCCAUCGCCGCCGUUGAUCGGUAGCAAUCGCCCCAUUGCGGAGUCGUACGGUUCGGGUAGUGAGUGGCCAGAUUCUCUUCCUGCUCCUCAUCAACCUCCUCCUCCUCCUCCUCCUCCUCCUCCUCCUCCUCCUCCUCAUCUUCCUCCUCUUCAUGAGCAUAUUCAUCGUCAGCAUCAAGAAGGUCAAGCAGGUGGGUUGGAGAUCCAAAGAGCUCCAGCUAUGGUGGAAAGAACGACGAGCUUCGAUUUCGACGAGGUUGUGGCGAUGGAGGAUGCAAGGGUGUCUUUGCUGAGGGGAGGAGAAGUAGGAGAGGGAGGAGGAGGAGGAGGAGGAGGAGGGAGAGGAGGAGGGAGAGGAGGGAGAGGAGGUGCUCGGGAAUUUUGCGCGGGUGUCGUGAGUACCGCCUGUUUCAUGGCGAUGGUCGGGAUCGCGAUGUACUGGAUGGGACUGAGAAUCCAACGGCCGGGAUCGGAACCAAGCCAUCAUCUUCAGUCGCUGAACCAAUCAACGGUUGAGAGGCCCAGAAAGAUACUGGACCAAUCAACGGUCUUAUUGAUAUCUGCCGACGGUUUUCGAUGGGAUUAUACCAGGAAGGUUUCUACUCCGAACAUCGACCGGCUUAUUAACGAAGGCACGGCCGCAGAGAGCGGCAUCACUUCAGUCUACCCAACGGUCACAUUUCCAAAUCACUAUUCUAUUGUGACUGGACUUUAUCCGGAAUCCCAUGGCAUCGUUAACAUGCACUUCACUGACCCUGCAACUGGCGAGAAGUUUCACCCGGGAGUCCUCGAUCCCAAGUGGUGGAUAGAGACUAACCCCUAUAGCCAGGAGCAGCAAGAAAAGUUGGCCGCCUUAGUCAGAGAGAACAAGGAGAGAAAAGAGCGCGAGAAGCAGGCGAAGCUAAAGGCUGUCGCAGACGAACAGGCGGCGAAGAUGAAGAGGUUGGAGGAGGAGAUGAAGAAGGUACAACAGGAGGAGGAAGAAAGAAGGAAGGCUGCAGAAGCAGAAGCGGCAGCAAAAGAAGAGAAAGAGAGAAUGAGAAUUGAGAGUAGAGAAGGGAGUAGUGGCGGUUCGAUGAAGUGGGAGACAGAUACUGAGCUGGAGAAGAAGAUCAGCGAGUGGGUCGCUAAUUUAUCGUUGGGGGAAGACGAGGAGGAGGAGUCCUAUGUAACUAGGGAUGAGAAGGCUGCGCUAGCCGCUGAGCUAGCAACCAUGACAGACCCGAUGGAACGAAGAGAGAGGGAAGAGGAGCAAAAGUUAGCAUGGAAGUUGAGAAUGAAGAGGGAGAAGAAGAGGAGGAGGGAGGAAGUGAAUAAGAUGAUCGCAUCAGUGGCAAAGGUGCAGGAGUGUAGAGCGGAGGUGCUGGCCCAGCCAGAUGACAAGGCCAAGUGGGAUAAAGUACUGGGCUAUCUAGAGGUGUUAAGCAAGGCCUGGAUGGAGGAGCGCCAGGCAAGUUGGAGCCAGGAUGUAGCAUUGAGUGCCAUGCGGUCCGGGUUCAGGGAUUUUGCGCGCGAAAUCGUCACCCACAUUGGGGGCGAAGUCAAACAGUUGAGGGACAAUGUAGGGAAGAUUUGUGAGGGCGUUAUUCAGGGUGCCAAAGCUGCAGCCGCUGUAGAAGGAGAGGGCAGACCGCGUAAGGACCCAGUGAAGCUUAAGUUCCCAGACGCGUACGGGGGAAAGAAGGACGAGAACUUUGACAACUGGGAGGCCAGUGUCAAUAGUUACAUUUAUUUACAGCAUAUCCUGAUAGAGGAGCAAGUCCUCGUGGCCUUCCAGGCCCUCAAGGAUGAAGCGGCUAGUUUCACUAGGUCCCUUGCGCGCGCGGCCGGUUGUGAGAACAACCUGGUGGCUUACUCUAAAGUCACCCCCCUUUCCCAAUUCCUCAAGCUCCUCAAGGAGCGGUUCGCUGACCCAACGAGAAGCCUUCGUGCCUCUGAUAAGUUACAGACAAUCCACUCACGACAGUGGAGGAGUGCAAGGGCACUCAAGGGCGUUAUGGACGACCUGGUGGCCGUCCCAAACCAUGGGGUCACUGAAACCCAAUUGGUUCAACUGUUUUAUCGUGCCAUGCCAGAGCCCCUGAGAGGGCACUUCUUUGAUAAGACCGAGCAGGCCGGCAUCACGUAUGACGCAUUAAGUAGAGAAGUAGUCCUGUUCGAGUCCAAGUCCCUGCCAGUUACCACUUUCUGGCACAAGGACUUAGAGAAAGGGAAGAAGUGGAAGAACCACACCAUCUCAGGCCAAGUCAAGGCCAAGGACCACCUAAUCCUAACAUUAGAAGAAGGUGGUACUGACGAGGUCCCAUAUGAGCAGAUAGAGUGGGGCCUUGAGGAGGAGAACAGUAGCUUGGGACAGGGGAGGUCUUACGCUGCUGCCGCGGUCGGAGGGAGGCUGCAAGAUAACACCUUGGCGCAUUGCUGUCUCAGUGCUCCCGCGUUCGCGCGAAUAGUAAGAAAGGAGCAGUUAGAGGAACAGGUCUUUGUGGUGUAUGUUAGACCUGUCACUGAGGGCCAGGAAAAGGAUAGUUCCACAGAUCCAACAAUUGCCAAGCUGCUGGAAGAGUUCAAGGAUUUGACUGAGUCGCCGACAGGAGUAGUGCCGCGACCCAUCCAGCACAGGAUAGAGAUAGAGCCUGGCAGUAGAACUCCUAAGGGUGCAGUCUACAAGAUGUCCCUUAGAGAGUUAGAGGAGCUUCACAAGCAAUUAGACGAACUCCUUGAGAAGGGUUGGAUCAGGCCUAGUUCGUUUCCUUUUGGAGCACCAGUUUUGUUUGUCCCCAAGAAGGAAGGAGAGCUUCGUAUGUGUAUAGACUAUAGGGGUUUGAAUGCGAUCACAGUAAAGAAUGCGGAGCCGCUGCCCAGAAUAGACGAUCUUCUAGAUCGGGUGCAGGGUUGUAAGUAUUUCUCUAAGAUAGACCUGAAGUCCGAAUACCAUCAGAUAGAAGUUCAUCCUGAUGAUCAGUACAAGACUGCGUUCCGGACUAGAUACGGGCACUAUGAGUUCAUAGUGAUGCCCUUUGGACUAACCAACGCGCCAGCUACCUUCCAGCGUUGUAUGAAUGACCUGUUCACACCGUGGUUAGAUAAGUUCGUAGUAGUUUAUCUAGAUGCUAUCUUAGUUUUCAGUAAGACCCUCCAGGAGCACCAGCUUAGAGAGGCUAACUUCAAGAUCAACGCGAAGAAGUGUGAGUGGGCCAAGACACAAGUCCUGUACUUGGGCCACGUAUUAGACGGAGAUGGCAUCAAGCCAGAGGACAACAAGAUAGCGGCGAUUAGAGAUUGGCCGACGCCCCGCACAUUGACAGAGUUGCGGUCGUUCCUAGGCUUAGUUAACUAUUAUAGGAAGUUCGUGAGGAACUUCUCCACUAUCGCCGCUCCCUUGCGCAGGUUGCUGAAGAAAGAGGCAAUCUGGCAAUGGGACAAAGACUGUACAUCUGCGCUCAAGAAGCUAAAGCGCGCGUUAAUAGAGUAUCCUGUCCUCAAAGUUGCAGAUCCAUCUUUACCAUUUGUCGUCACCACGGACGCGAGUCAGUAUGGGAUAGGCGCCGUGUUACAGCAAGAUGACGACCAUGGCUAUAGACCCGUAGAGUUCAUGUCAGCGAGGAUGCCCUGUGAGAAGGUUGCUACCUCCACGUACAAGAGAGAACUCUACGCUCUCAGGCAGGCUUUAGACCAUUGGAAGCAUUACCUGCUUGGGAGGCACUUCAAAGUGUAUUCGGACCACGAAACGCUUAGAUGGUUAAAGACUCAGGCCAAGAUGACACCUAAGUUGACUAGGUGGGCUGCAAAGAUAGACCAAUUUGACUUUGAGCUCAAGCCAGUGAAGGGCAAGUACAACGUAGUUGCGGAUGCUCUGAGUAGGAGAUCAGACUACUUCGGAGUUGUAGUACACUAUCUGGAUAUAGGGAGAGACCUGCAGGAGAAAGUAAGGCAAGCAUAUGCGCAGGACCCUAUCUAUAGCGACCUCCUAAAGAGAGUUAGAGAGGCCCCAGAGACUGAACCAGACUACCACACUACAGACGGGUUGCUGUUUGAGAAGACUAAUGUGUUUGACCGCCUAUGCGUUCCCAACAGCGAAGAGAUCCGCAGUUUGAUUUUAGGGGAAUGCCACGAUACUGAAGGGCAUUUCGGUUGGCAAAAGACAUUAGCCAACCUGAUGCGUGCGUAUACCUGGCCAGGGAUGAAGAACGACUGCAUAGAGUAUGUCCGCAAUUGUAAAGUAUGUCAGAGGAACAAGUCUACUACACGCGCGCCCCUAGGUCUUCUCAGACCCUUGCCUAUUUCGGAUCAGCCGGGAGACUCAGUGUCUAUAGACUUCAUGGACACGCAAGUCAAGAGCAGACAUGGUGAACCGAUUUGGCAGACAGCGACACUUCAAGGAGUCAAGGCAGCCACAUACUUCUGGCCUGGUUCUGGCGUGACAAGGCAAGGAUGGCAGUGUGGAAAUACAUACUGUCAAUUUUAUGACAUUUCCCGGCCAUUCGAGAUGCGCGUUGACACGGUGCUUUCGUACUUCGAUAUGAAGGGUCCCGAACGCCCUCGAUUCAUGACUCUCUAUUUUGAAGAACCAGACGAGACUGCGCACAGGUAUGGAGCAGAUGCACCGCAGACGAAUGCUCAGAUUACAAGGAUUGAUGAGAUGAUCGGGCGGCUGCUGAAAGGGCUUGAGCAGCGUGGCGUUCUUGACGACACUCAUAUCAUCUUUCUUGCGGAUCAUGGAAUGCUCACUGUCUGUGGCGAGAAGAGUGUUUACUUGGAAGACCUGUCUUCUCGCUUCAAGAAUCCGGAAGUGGAAGCGUGGAAAGAUACAUUAAGCCCUGAUCUGUCGCUUCGACCACCGUCAAGUAUCGACGCCAAGGCGCUUUAUGCGGAGAUGAAGGGCAACUUGUUGACAGCAGAGAAUGGAAAGCUGCUAAACCUCUAUCUCAAGGAAGACAUGCCUCCUCGCCUUCAUUACAGCAACAGUGUGAUGAUUGCUCCGAUCUUGGGGAUUGCGGAAGAGGGGUACGGGGUUCGUGUUCGGCGUGGCGAUUCCCAUGCUAGACUCGGGCAGCAUGGGUACGAUAACUCGGUGUCGGCGAUGAGGGCCAUAUUUGCCGCAAGGGGUCCGCGCUUUGCACCAGGUAGAAAGGUUCUCCCUUUCAUGAACCUGGAGGUCUAUAAUAUUAUUUGUAAUAUAUUGGGUGUAAAGCCCCAACCUAAUAAUGGCUCCUGGGAGUUUUCUAAUGACAUGCUACUUAAACCAGCUUGAGAUUUUGAGGCCAAACUUGUUGACCAUGAUUUUUCGCUUUUGCUCUUGUGGAUUAUUAAUGAAUAUCUUCCUGCAAC